AUGCCUAAACGUAAACGUGUUGUUCUUUCCAUGAGAGAUAAAUACGAGAUUAACAAACGAUUAGAGGAAGGCGAAACUGCAACCAAGUUACCUAAUGAGUACAAAGUGGAAAGAGAAGAAGAGGGAGAAGAAAAUCUUAUUAGAAAUUAUAAAAAGAUUGAUUUAAAAGAUGCAUUCUAUAUGGUCAUAUCAUCCAGAGCAGCUUGGGACAGUUUAAAACAGAAUUACAAAAAAGCCUCGAAUAUAAUUUUGAGUAUAGCGGAAAGUGCCCAAAGUGAAAGUGGAAUUGAAGAACAGAAUGAUGUCUGA